AUCAACUGUUCUUACAAGGUCCCCUAAUGACAAGGGAGAAGGUGACAUUUCAGCGGAUAGACCAUUGCACAAAAAUCACUCGAAAAAGACUGUAUUUUCGCUCGAAGUGAAAAUGUUUUAUUUAAGAAGGGCAGUAGGAAUUUUACGGACUAGUUCAAGGCUGCUUAGACGAGGUCCACAACGUACAACGACGAGAAAUGGUAGUGGCGGACCGCAUAUUGAACCACAGUACAGACAGUAUCCACAGAUAACCAAGAAACAGAAAUUUGAGUCCGAGUUGAUCAGCGGUGCUAUGUGGUUUUGGAUACUUUGGCAUUGCUGGCACGACCCUGACGCAGUGUUGGGUCAUUUCCCAUGGCCUGACGCGUCCGAGUGGACUGACGAGGAACUGGGUAUCCCACCUGAUGAUGAGGAGGAAUGAGACUCAUGAACGUGAAUCAAGUCCGUAAAGAAACUGAAGUGUUCUGAACGCCACGUGUACAUAAAACUAAUAAAUUAUCUUGUGUAAAAUAAAGACUUCAUGUUUGAAGUAA